CGGAAUGAGCCGUGUGCAAAAAACGUCAGCUGACAGUGUUGGAUCAAAUAGUGUGUGUGUGUCUUCUGCAUUCAUCAAUCGUGACGUUUGCUCCCACUGAAUACAUAUUUUCCGGUACCGACUGUCAAUAAGCUGUUUGGAUAUCAGAUGGCGACGUCACAAGCCGAGAAAGUGCGGGAAUUUCUCACCUGUGUGAUCUGCCAGGAACUGUACACAGACCCGUGUACACUGAGGUGUGAUCACACAUUCUGCAGGAAAUGUGUGACGGCAUACAUCCAAACCAGACCAGAGGCAGUACAGGCCAAGACCAUCCCCUGUGCGUUCUGUCGACAAGAUACCAAGGUGCCCCACCCAAACCAACCAGUGGAGGAGUGGUCGGGUCAGAUCAAACCAAGCAUCAUUAUUCAGGGGCUGAUUGACACACAAAGUGAAUCUGACAAAAGAGAUACUGCUGAACAGCAAUGCACGUUGUGUUCGGCUAUAGGGGAGACAAUUCCUGGAACAUCCUGGUGUCAGGAGUGUGAAGUUACUCUCUGCCAAAGAUGUGCCAAGAUUCAUCACGCAACCCCGACGUCACGUGACCAUGAGGUCGCUGAUCUCUCAACGGGGGUAACGUUUAAAAGAAAACGUAAGGUCAUGUGCACAGAACACACAGCGGAAGCCCUCAGUCUUGUCUGCAAAGACUGUCGCAAAGCUGUGUGUCCAACAUGCUGUGUGGUGUACCACAGGAAGUGUGAGUCUGUCUUUACCAUAGACUCAAUGAAGGCCACAAUGAAGUAUCACUUGACGAAAAGGAGAAAUACGAUGACGAAGAAAAUAGAAGGAAAAGAAACAGUUGUGCAGAUAACGAAGAAAAAGAUCAAUAGUCUUGAAGAAAAAAUGGAAGUAGCUGAACUCGAUGUCCAAUAUUCUGUUGAAAAAGCAAUUGAGAAAAUCAAACAAAAAGAGAAAGAACUGAUGCGUGAAAUCAGGGAAAUCACAGACGCUGAAUCUAAGGAGUUUCAGGCAGAUGUAAAACGUGAGGAGAUUGAGAUACAGAUGUACAGACAACAUUGUGAGUUCAUUGACCAAGCCUUGGUAUCGGACUGUGAGAUGGACCUGUAUGACGCGUACCAGGCCUGGGAGGACUCAGGGGAUGUCCGGAACACAGACUCAGCAGCAGGCACGCGGAGAGUAGGUGACGUCAAGUUUACACCAGAUUUUGACAAAAUCAGCCAUCUUCAGCUCGGGAAGAUUGACGUCACAUUCGAAGAUGAAGGUCAAUGUUUAACCCCUCCAGUGGUGGUUGACAAGACAGACGGGAGGACUGAGAGUAGUGGGAACCAUCCUUGCCUCGGGGACGUCACAGUCCUGGUUGUGGAUGGGAUACAGACAGUCGUGGUCACUGACUGGGAAAACAAUUGCGUGAAAUCAUUCUACAGAAGACACAAUGAGUCAUGUCACAGCAAACUUCCUCUGGGAGGAACCCCUUGUGGCGAAACCCAGCUGAAGGAGAACAAGGUGAUGGUGGCAAUUCCACUCGCUUGCCAGAUUGUAACAGUGGAGGUUAAUCCUGAUCUGCAUCUUCUGUCAACCAUGACAACCAGCAAGGGAUACUACAGCAUCGCAGUUCUGAAUCCUGCCUCCCUAGCAGCAGGUGGUGACGGAUGUGUUGAUAUGCUGGAUAUGUCAGGACGCGUUUUGAGAAGAGUUGCUACGACUAACAAGGGGAGGUUUGUCUAUCCCUUCUUCAUGAGUAUCAGCAACAGAGGGAACAUGCUUGUUUCUGACUGGGGGGAGAGGUCCGUGACGUGUAUGACUCCAGAUGGGGAUGUUGUAUGGAGAUACGUCCCAACUGACAAUAUGGCACUCAAACGGCCUCGCGGUAUCACAACCACCAGCACUGGAGAUGUCCUGCUUGCUGAUCUUGAUUCUAGCAGAGUAAUACAGCUGACAGAGUCGGGAAAGUUUGUCAGAAAUCUUCUCACCUUACAGGAUGGCAUCCCGUGUCCCUCGGGUGUGUACGUGGAUAGACAUGACUCACUGUUCGUGUGCACCUCUGACGAGAUCAUGGAACUGAGCUUCACAUGAAGUGCCAAUAUGCAAAGUUCCAAGCAGUAUUGAAUGGAUACUUGUGUUCAAGGACCAUAAGAAAACACCUGCAACCUUGACGAACCUUGUGAAUACUCUGAAGCAGAAAGAUUGUCUCGAGAACCUUAACCUCGGCAAAUCAGGCACGUGGGCUGAUUGUGCUAGACUGACUGAGUAAGGUUUAACGCGGCUUUUAGCAAUAUUCUAGGACACCACAAAUGGGCUUCACACAUUCCAUGUGGGGAAUCGAACCGGAUCUUCGGCGUGACGGGUGACUGCUGUAACCACUAGGCUAAACACUGUAGGCACAUGUUUUUUUUUUGGCAAUAUAUGGACUUCAUAUCUUGCCACUUUCACUUCGACUGCAUGUGUUGACCACUUUCAGUUGGAUUGCAUGUUUCAGCCACUUUUACUUUGACUCAGUGUAUUCGAUGUACAUUUGCUUUUCUCGAUGAAGGAACUCUCGAUCUAUGUCGGUGUUGCACUUUGAAUAAAACAGAUGAAAAAAAUUAAAA